AAAAGGAAGUUAAACAAUGAUAUUAAAAGCCUCUCUUCUCACACACACACUGUGCAGCAGGGGUUACCCUCAUCUUCUCUUCUCCUCUCUUUCACAAACCCUUGCAAAUUCAGAUUUUUCAUCUGAUUUUUAUAUAUAUAUAUAUAUAUAUACACAUUGUACCGGAGCUGCCACCGGAAACCCUAGAUCCACCGUCAAAGAUUUUCUUGAAAAGGAUCUAUCUAGUUUUCAUCGAAAGAAACCCAACAUCAAUUAUGGUUGGCCCUACGCCGCCGCCGCCACCGACAGAGGUACCGGCAACGGCAACGGCAAAAGUUCAAUUAUCAGCUGAAGAAGAAGCUCUCAAGAGUAACACCGAUUGCGUCUAUUUUCUUGCUUCUCCUCUCACAUGUAAAAAGGGAAGCGAGUGUGAGUACCGCCAUAGUGACAUGGCUCGGCUUAAUCCAAGGGAUUGCUGGUUCUGGUUGAAUGGAAACUGCUUAAACCCAAAGUGUGCAUUCCGACACCCUCCUCUUGAUGGUUUUUUGGAAGCUCAAGUUCCAACUGCUAUGGGAUUUUCUGCAACUCCCGUGGUAUCUGUUGCACCUAUGCCACAGGUUCCAUAUGCUUCUAAUAAACAAGCCGUGCCCUGCAUAUUUUUCCAGCAAGGGAUUUGUCGAAAAGGUGAUAAGUGUGGAUUCAUGCAUGCACCAAGCUUUGUAUCUAACAAACCUACACAACCUCCAGUGUCUGCUGCAUCUAGUGAAACUUCAACUGUUAAGAAGGCAUUUGGUGGGGUUGAAAAGUCUCUGCAAGGCCCAAAACUUUCACAAACAAAUACUCUGAAGCCUGGUGAACUACCUAACCCUGUGGCAAAACUUGAAAAUCAUCUGACUAAGAGAGAUAAUACCUUUGAUAAGAGGUUACUGCCACCAAAUUCUAUCAUAAACAAAGAGCACGCCAGGUACAAGCCAACAAGUGCACCUCCAACCAAUGGCAAUCCUCUCAGUGGCCCCAACAGAAUACUGCAUCCGGUUGGGAUCUAUGAUCACAGCAUGCAAUACAAGGAUGAUGAAAUUUCAAGGGAGCCUUCUCCUGGUUUUGAUGUUCUUGUGGAUGAUGAGCUCAGAGGUUCAGAUUAUUAUCAUGAUGAAGAUCAUUAUGGUGGAAGAAGGGAAAAUGGGGGGAAUGAAUAUGACAUGGGCGAUUCGGCUGAUUAUGAUUCAGUGGCAGAUAUUGGCCGAGAUAUGUACCGGGAUGUGCAUGGAUAUGACUCAUAUGACAGGCUUCAGGGUCGCCAUGCUUGGGAGCAGCAUAUAGCUUCUUCUGAGAGAAGAAUACCAGGUGGAUCAGCUCAUCCUGAAAGGAGACGCUAUGGUACAGUAGCUAGCCCUGAACAUGUUGAAAUGUCAGAUCUGAGACAUCGGUUAUCGAAGCAUAGGAGGGGUAAUGGUUUGAAAUCUGUUAUUGGUCAUGACUUUUCAAGUGAAAAUCAUGUUGAAGAUCAUCGAGCCAACAAGAGCUCUAGGAGGGAUGUGCACUAUUUACCUUCACAUGAUAGUUCUCUUAGUGGUCGCCUUCGAGGAAGAAUAAAGCUUCCAGUUCGGUCAUCUUCUCCAGCUGAUAGGGCUGAAUUACGGUUGGAUAGGGCUAGAGACCGUGGCAGAUUGUCUUCAGAAAGGGCACAGCCGUACUCUCACCAAGGAAGGCCUCGAGACAGAAUAAAGGGAAGACUGCAAGAGGAUCUCAAUAAUGAUGGCAGAAACAACAGAGUUCCUCAUCUAAGAAGAGAUAUAAUAAAUGUCAAUAAUUCUGACUUCUUGCGUCCUAAAAGUCUCGCAGAACUUAAAGGUAGGAAAACUGCUGAGAGCAAUGAGCAACAACCCCUAGGAAAACGGAAGUUCCAAAAGCUUGAUAGCGGGGAGGAUUUAUCAUUUGAAGGACCAAUGCCUUUAAAAGAGAUUCUGAAAAGGAAAAGAGGGGGUGAAGGUGGCAUGUCCUCUGGUGGGAGUGAAGAGGAUCAAAAUGAAAGAAAACACCAGACAGAAAGGACUUCCAUGACUGCAGGGAAUGUGGAUUUUCCUUCUGCUGUCACCAAGAAUGGAUCUGACCUUCCAAUUCAGGAGGAAGAAUCUAAGUUUGUACCCAAAUCAGUGGAUUACCAAUCUCCUUUGCACCGCAGUGAAAAUGAAUUCGAAGCUGAAGAAGAAAUGGUUGUGGAAGGAGCAGACGCUCAAGACCACAAAGGCUAUGAUCAGAGGGAUGGACAUGAUGAUGACUAUGAGCCGGCUGAAGGUGAAGAUUACAACUUCGACGAAGGUGACCCCGAUGAUGAAUUCUUGGAUGAAGAUGAUGACGACUUUGCAAAGAAGUUGGGCAUUGUUCACUAAUAAACGUCGGGAGAUUCAUUUGCUCUAGCUGUAUUUGUUUUCUAUACAUCUGUGAGCUCUUUUUAGGUUCAAUGCGCAUAUUUAAGUAGGGAAACAAACUCUUUUUUUUCUUUAGAAACUUUUUUUCUCAUGUAUUGAACUCUGUGACUGGAUGGAUAAUUUUCCACCAGCUAGUUGCUGGGGAGUUAGGUUUGCCCAAAAGGGUCAAGACUGUAUGUAACCUUUUAGAGUGUUAAACAGAAAGUGCAUUUGCAGCUUUUGCUA